GACGCGACGCUUGUGCGCUUCCUCCGGGCGCGGGACGGCGACGUGGCCAAGGCCGAGGCCAUGCUGCUCGCGCACGGCGCGUGGCGCGCGUCCUCGAACAUCGACGCGCUCGUCGCGAAGCCCCGGGGCGCCGAGGACGCGUUCCUCGAGGCCUGGUGGCCCGACGGCGUGCUGCGGGGCGGCGACCGGAGCGGCCUGCCCGUGCAGCUCCUGCGCCUCGGCGCGUCGGACAUCCCCGGCAUCGAGCGCGAGGUCGGGAGGGACGCGUUCGUCGCGCACUGCGCGAAGCUCAACGAGGCCUGCUUCGCGACCCUGCGGGGCCUGAGCGCGGACCGGGGCACGCUGGAGACGUCCUGCUCCAUCAUCAUGGACAUGCGGGGCCUCGGCGCGCGCCACGUGCGCGGCGUGCCGGCCUUCGGGGCCAUGAUGAAGGUCUGCGAGCCCAACUACCCCGAGCGGCUCAAGCACGUCUUCAUCGUCCGCGCGCCCUGGAUCUUCGCGAGCUUGUACGCCUUGGUGAAGCCCCUGCUCAACGAGACGACGGCGUCCAAGGUCGCGAUCCUCGGCGACGACUUCGCGACGACGCUCCUCAAGUACAUCCCGAAGGAGACGCUCCCCGUCGACCUCGGCGGC